AUGUCGGCCGAAAAGGACGAGCGGCGGAAGGCGGCGGCAUUCAUCAAGCUGGUCCACCCCAAGGGCAUCGUGGAGCGGCUCACCCGCCCGACCCGGGCCUCCGAGGUCAUGAAGCGGUACCCGCGCCACUGCGUGACCCGACCCGACGUUUUCAAGAACCCCUGGAUCGCGGUCCACCCGGACUCCCUCCUCAAGCUCGGCUGCGUCUUCUACGUCGUCCCUUACCACACCAUCGACCGCUUACUCAAGCAGCACUCGACGAAUCUCGCGGCGGCAGCGGCGGCGCAUUCUUCUUCUUUCCCCGACCGGCCGCGGCGAAGGGGAUCUACGGAUUGUUCCACGGAGAUGAUCGGUUUCGAUCGGCUCGUCAAGCACAGAUCCGAGAGAUUGAAGGUCGAUUGCCGGUACGGCGAGUUGCGGGACCCGAUUUUCCCCAACUGCUUGGUCGGGGGCCGCACGGAGAUCAUCGGCGCCGAUUCGCCUCAGAUCUGGCGGCCGGCAACGGCGUUGAGCUACUACAAGAAGGAUGCCGAGUCGAGCGAGCCGGUGGAGAGCCGUGGCGAUUCGUCGUUCUCGAUCGACAUCGAUUCGUUCGGCGGUGGCGUUCGCCGGCGGCACCGACGAGUCUGCGGCGGAGGCGGGUGUGGUGCUGAGCUGGAUUGUUCUUCUUUUUCUUCUUCUUCAGGAUCGAAAAUGCUGAAGCCGUGUCUGCGGAAGAGCAGUAGUCGCAGCGGGUCGAGAGGGCCGGAUAGUAGCAGGGUGAAAUUCACGCUUCCCGGAGAGGAUGACGGCAACUUGAGAGUUGAAAUCUUUGAGUUUCAACGAGCCGUUUGA